GAUCUCAUGACAAACUUGGGUGUCAAUAGUUAUCGGUUUUCGAUAUCAUGGUCAAGAAUUCUUCCUAAGGGGAAACUUGGGCAUGUAAAUAAAGCUGGAAUCAGGCACUACAACAGGCUGAUUGAUGCCCUAAUGCACAAAGGGAUACAACCAUUUGUCACAUUAAGUCACUAUGACAUCCCUCAAGAACUGGAAGACAGAUAUGGAGGGUGGCUAAGUCCCAAAAUCCAGGAGGAUUUCAGCUAUUAUGCAGACAUAUGCUUCAGAUACUUUGGGGACAGAGUUAAGCACUGGGCAACAUUCAAUGAGCCUAAUAUCGUCGCCAUUCGGGGAUAUAGGUCGGGGAUUUACCCUCCAUCGCGCUGCUCGGGCUCCUUUGGGAGCUGUGAAGCAGGCGAUUCGGAGACAGAGCCUUUCGUGGCUGCCCACAACAUGAUCCUCUCCCAUGCUGCUGCAACCAGCAUUUACAAGACCAAGUAUCAGGGAACACAGGGAGGUAGCAUUGGGAUAGUUAUGUACACAGCAUGGUUUGAGCCUUUCAGCAAUUCCUCAGAAGACAAAUCUGCAGCUAAGAGAGCUCAAUCCUUCUUAACAAACUGGUUCUUGAAUCCUAUUAUAUUUGGCAAGUACCCUGCAGAAAUGAGACAAAUUCUUGGGUCUGGAUUGCCAACAUUCUCAAAGGAUGAUCUGAGAAUGAUGAGAAAUGGAGUGGACUUCAUUGGGAUCAACCACUACACCAGUUUCUAUGCUAAAGAUUGCAUAUUCUCUGCAUGUGAACAAGGGCCAGGAGUCACCAAAACUGAGGGCAGGUAUCUCAGGACUCCAAGCAAAGAUGGUGUCCUAAUCGGCGAAGCUACCGCGGUCGACUGGCUCUUUGUGUACCCUCAAGGAAUGGAAGAGAUUGUGACAUACAUAAAGGAAAGAUACAACAACAUACCAAUGUUCAUCACAGAAAAUGGCUUUGGAGAUUUGGAUAAUAAUCCCAACUCAUCUACAGUAGUGGCUUCUUCACUCAAUGAUUUCAAAAGAGUGGAGUACAUGAAGGGCUACUUGACUUCCCUGGCAGAAGCAAUAAGGAAAGGUGCAGAUGUAAGAGGGUACUUUGCUUGGUCAUUGCUGGACAACUUUGAGUGGUCAGAUGGAUACACCUUAAGAUUUGGACUCUUCCAUGUUGAUUACUCCACUCUUCGAAGGAUUCCUAAGCUGUCUGCCUCCUGGUACAAAGGAUUCAUCUCCAAACAUCUUCGGAUUCUUCAAACACAGAGCGCAUAA